GGGGGGGAGAGGAAGUAUGACAGGCAUUAAGUUGCAAGACGCCUGGUUGGGUGGAGCUCCUCUUGCAGAAAGACGUCGGUGGAAAGCUGCCUUUAUACCCGGGGUCGGGGAAACACCGCCUGAUUCACAUCCGACAUCCUCCUCACUUCACUUCCUGACACGAGCGGUGCGCGAGGCCGUUCUGUUGCCAUUGGCAGCGCCAGGCCAGGGUUCUGUUGCCACUGGCAGCGCCAGGCCGGGGUUCUGUUGCCAUUGGUAGUGCCAGGCCUGUGUUCCAAAUCCGAGUUUUGAGUCAUAGUCUGGGAGCGGAGCAGCUGCCCUCCCACUAACAGCGAGAGCAGCGAAGUGGGGAGGGGAAAGGAGGGGGGAUUGUCUGACUGGGCAAGCCGCGGCCCGUCGGUACAGUCACCAUCCACCCCGCUAACAAAACAGCGAGUCGUCAGAAGCUCACUCACAUUCGCCCCGGAUCUCAGACUGAACUGUUGCAGUUUGGAAGGCGAGCACAACAAGCCGAACAAGAAUGGCAUCCGCGGCUACAGGCAUUGGACGCCCGGCGCUGGCAAUGUUUCUGUUCACUCUGUCCUGUUCUUAUGGGUUUAAUCUGGACACCAGCAACCCGUCUGUUUAUUCCGGACCUCCGGGCAGUUACUUCGGAUUUGCUGUGGAUUUUUUCACACCUGCCCCGACAGAGAUAAAUAUUUUAGUUGGAGCCCCAAAGGCAAAUACUUCUCAGCCAAACAUAGUCGAAGGUGGGGCAGUAUACAAGUGCCCCUGGAAUAAUGGGGCCGGCAUCUGCGAACAAUUUGAGUUUGACAAGACAGGAUAUCUGUAAGAAAAUCGGUAAUCAUUCCAAAAUGAAGACAUAGCUAACAGCAUCCCAACAAAUACUGUUCAGUGCUAAUUUUAAAAACUUAGGAAUCAGUUCUUAUGGAGUAUGAAUGUAAUACUGAGCAUAUGCAGUGUCAGGCAUUUGUUCAGAACUUUUAGAUAUUAAAAUAUCCAUAUUGUGUCAGAUUUUCAGCUUAGAUUUUGGACCUGUUGAUGCAAAAAUCCUGUCUGAAGUUAGUCCUUUUUUCUGUUGAAUUCACGUUGGAAAAAUUAACUUGUAUGUAGUAACUUUGACUACUGAGGAGUCCUCAAAAACACGGUUAUGUAUAAUGUAUUUUGGGCUGGUAUCUUAAAUGGGGUGGCUAUUUCUGAAAUGGCUUUGUUAUGAAUCUAACCUUGGGCCCUUGCAUCUCUUGCUUACCAGAAUAAUGUAGAUUGCCUCAGCAGUAAGAAGCUUUUUUGUGAAUACCAAUACAUGAAAUACAAUGCACUGUAUUGGCCAGCUGUUCAGCAUUAAUAACGGUUGUAGAAAGUAACUUUCCUUUUAAGGAAGCAGAGAAUUAGAUUAAACUUAAUUCGAUAAUCUACCUAUUGAAUUAUUUUCAACACACCUGAAAUGUAAGUUCAUUUUACUAGUGGUGCUUAACAAAAUGCUUUAAAUCCUUAAUUUGACAUGUAAGGUUGUUAUUCAAAUCAUUUUAAUAGUGCAGCAGGCAUAACUUGUGGCUAAAGCGGGUUGUAGUAUUAAUGUAUAGAGAAUAAAUUAAUGAUGAUGUUACACUCUGAAUGCUGAUGUAUAUUUGGGCUCUGGGAAUACACGUACUUGGAUAGGAUAGUGUUUACAAAUUGAGAUGGCAUGCCUGGGGUAAAUAACUAUGAAAUUGGCACAUUAUGUUAUUGGUAAACAGCAGCAGAUCUGGAUUUGUUUAUGAAUUAAAUGUAAAGUUACUGAGCUCAUGUUUUUGAAGUGUAUCUUUUUGGUUUCUGUCAUGCAGUAAAGUGCUGAUUUCAACCAGAAGUGGCUUGUUUGGGUGUUGUUAUGAUAUUCAUUUAUGAGUCAUUCAGUUUGGGAUUGGAUAUGUCAGCAAAAACCUUUGUUUAGUAAAUUGCUGUAUAGCAUCCAAAAAUAAGUGCUAACAAACAUACUAGAGUUCUAGUUUUCCCUUUUAGAGAAAUGGGAAGAUUUUUAAAUAGAAUCAAUCAAAUAGAUGAAGACAGCUCCACUGGUGUUAGAAG